UUUAUUUAAUUUCCUCAAUUAAACUGUUCAUUUUCUCGACCUUUUUCCGAACUAAUUGGAUCGAUCAUGAGUCUAUUUUCCAGACAAACCUAUGAUGCGAUGCACAAAGUGGCCGUUACUGGAUUAAUCAUAUUCACUGGUCUCGCUGCUGUUGACUGUAUGUUCACCUUCACCAGUGUGCUUCAAGUGAGGAAACAGCGGAUCGCCAAGAUUGAAGAAACCAAGCCGGAGGAGAUUAUUGUUUAGAUUUUAUGUGUUAUUGCGACGAUUAUUAUACCCUAGUGCCCUCGUCCCUCUCCCGUCCUUUCAUCCAUUUCCCUUUGAUAGAGAAAUUUGUUUCCCUGUAAAUAAUUUAAUUUGUCCGCCAGUAGAAAAAAAUGUUUCAAUAUUUACCAACAUCAAUUGUGUUUAUCUUUGUGCUUGUUAGCUUUUUUGAGUAACUUCUCUGGAUUCUGUUGACCAUCAUGUCAGACCCCAUUCUAUCCGAGUACUGGCAAUACAAUUUUCCACCUUUUUUCACCAUCCAACCAAACCUGGAAACAAGGAAGGCUCAAUUAGAAGCUUGGUCAUCACUAGUUCUUAAUUAUUGUAAAAACCACCGAAUCCAUAAGAUUGAUUUGAAGAAAGCCUUAACUGAACCGCCUUUUCAAAAUGUUUCAAUUUCACGAGGCUUAAAUAUGGAUGGAUUAAUGAUAAUCUUUGACGACAUGAAGGAUAAAGGAGUUGCUGAUUGGUCAGAUAAAAGUAAAUCAGUUGUUUUUAUCUAUUGGAAUACACCGGAAGCUUGGGCUAAUUUGAUCUAUCAUUGGGUCUACAAUUCUGGUUAUAUCAAUUCUGUUUGUACUCUUUAUGAGAUUGUUUCAGGCGAUGAAACGAUAAAGGAGCCAUUUCACGGCCUUGAUUUCGAUGUUCUCAAGAAAAGCCUUCAAGUGUUAGAGAAACAAGGUAAAGCCUCCAUCAUGAGUCUCGAUGACAAUGGCGGUGUUAAAUUCUUAGGAUAAUUAUUCCCUCUCUCUCUUUUACCUUGAUACAGUUUAUAUUUUAUAAAAUGUCAAACGUUGGUGGUAGAAGUUGAUGUAACUUUUAGCAAAUUGAGUUUCCAUGGAAUCAUUUCUCUCUACUAAAGCUCAUUAAAGUAAAUUGUUAAAUCAAACAA